AUGGUGAAGGCCUCUCCGACACUGAAGCUCUCUUCUUCUGUGUCUCAGGAUCCUCCACAAACUUCAGUCUGGACCUGGUCCCAGAUAGCGGCUGCAGAUGUCUCCACUGGUCCGCACCAUGGCUCUCACCUGGUCUCCAUAUUUAAGCACCUGGAGAAGAACCUCUCCACUUUUUUCCAGGAGGAGCUGAAGAAGUUCCUCAGGCUUCUGAGCACAGAUUACCCAGAAUGCUUAGAGCCUGUGGAGGAUGAGGAGCAGAGGAGCAGCAGUGAGGCGCUCCUGAAGAUCACACUGAACUUCCUGAGGAGGAUGGAUCAGAAGGAGCUGGCUGAGCGUCUGUGGAGCAGGGUUUCUUCUGGACGUUCUCAGCGUAAACUGAAGGUGGAUCUGCAGCAGAGGUUUGAGUGUGUGUUUGAGGGCAUCGCUAAAGCAGGAGCCCCCACCCUCCUGAAGCAGAUCUACACCGAGCUCUACAUCACAGAGGGAGGCUCUUCAGAGGUCAACCAGGAACAUGAGACGCGGACUUCGCGGACCUUGAAGGCUCCUCUCUUGGCUUUCCCGAGCGCGGUCCUCCGUCCGUGCACCACCACCACAUCAUCGGGACUGGAUGAGGCCUCUGCCCGGCACACAGAGCUCCUGACGCGGGCAGGGUCAGCAGAGGGCCCCGGGGACAGGCCUGGAGGACUGAGGUGCCCCGAGAUCAGCUGCAGGCGGUGCAUGGUCCAGCGAAGUCUGUGGUCCGGAGGGAGACCCGGAAGUGGACCCGGAAAUUCAUACAAAUACAGACACAAGGACGUUCAUGUGGACCCCGGGCCGGACUAUGUGGACCCCAAAACGGAUUAUGUGGACUCUAAACCGGACUAUGUGGACACAAAACUGGACAAUGUGGAUUCCAGAUCGGACUAUGUGAACCCCAACCAGAGUAUUAAAUGA